UCACCAUUGAUAAUUGCAACUGGCACCAAGUGGUUAAGGAAUAAGUCUUUUUAUAAACCUCACUGAUCACGCUCAGUAGAGGGUGCACUGAAUUGCACCACAAAUUUGUGAAUAUUUCACAAUCAACCAAAGAGAGGGCACAGAAUUCCUAGCCUCAGUGACUCUUUGGUGGGAACUGCAUUGUGCUGGCUCACAAACACACGCCCUGUAUUUGAUGUGCAAAGCGUCAUACCAGGGGAUACACAUAGUCUGACAGCGACUGUUCCAAAUCCUUUCACCCUGUUCUAUUUUUGCAUGAUUACGGAGGAGUAGACACCACGCGAUAGUACUCAUUAAUUAUAUGUUGUGUAUAUGGGAGGACUUACAAACUUUUGGCAACAAAGACAGAAAGGGAAAAAAAUGAGAUGGAGUGAGAACUUCAUUGUGGAUUUUGUGAUAUGAAAUACAAACAUAUUUCAUCUCCAGCUCAGAUGUAAAUUAUGAAAUGUGUUUGUCCCGCAUUAUUGCCCCAUUACGAACAAAAUUCUCUAUCGAAAACCACUGUCCCUGCCAACAUGGCCCUUUUCUAGUGCGAUGACAUGCGGCCAAAUCCUCUGCAUCGAGAGCAAAUUUAUUGAUGCAUUAUUACUGAUAAUGGCAUUAUUCAUCAUAAUUUACUACUUUAUAAAAUGACCGCUUCCUCUCAGGGAGGGGCUGUAACUCUACACGUUGUAGAGGAAACAAUAUCAAGCUGACAAGAAGUGCUACGUAUCACUGCCAUUACAUCUUCAUUUCUUCAUGUCUUAUGUUAUUGUAAUUGUUUUAUCCAAUUUCUGUCCAGCUGGCUCAUUAAUCAGAUAUUUCAGUCUAGCCAAGCAUAACCGCUGACGUAGGUGCUUUUGUAACAAAAAAGUCACAGUGCUGCUGCUGCUGAUGGCAGUAUUACUGUGGCAUUAUCACUGCUUUUUAAUGGCUUGUUAUCAGAGUCAUUCUAAAGGGAAAUAUAUCCAGUGUUGGUAAACAGAUUGAACCAAGUCCACAGAUUUAUGUGCAGAAAAUACUCUGAGUAAUCUUAGUAACAGCCUUCUCCCUUCCGUUCAACUGACCAAUUGUAAGACUGGGAUUGUGGACCGGUUGUGACAUUGCCACAGUUGGGUUGACUGGGAGGACUGUCAGCAAGUUAGCCAUUCAAGGUGGAGAAGAACCCCAGCUUCUUUGUUGGAAAGAGAUGUUUUGACUCUGCAGCCAUAGGCCAUCUGUGUAGUUUGGGAGCAUCGACAAAAUGAUGCGUAUGUGUGACACGCUCAUUGGUCAGUACCCUGUUGCCUGUUUGUGACUUGGCAGGUGUGCGUUUAUACAUAUAUUGCUCAUUUCGCUUGGAGGUCAAGAAACUCUUUGUUGUUGUCAGGGACCUGAUGAGCUAAAUAAACUCUUUGAACAUUGAGCACUUGUCCUAGUUAGUACACCACAUCUCUUCCCUUCUCACAUGCAGUGUGGUUUGGUCACUUCUUCCUCAUUCGGCAGCCAUGUUUUGGUGAGAACAUACAGAAACUGCUGGCAGAAGAAAAACUAUUCCGGCAUACAACGUUGACUUGCAUUAAUUAUUUUGAGGAAACAAGCCAUCAUAGGCUAUUGCUUUGAGUAAUUGUUUUUUACAUAUUGGUACAAACAUUGCGAAAAGAUGGAUGAACAUAAAGACAACUUGACACAUAACUCAUCUGGUUGCCUUGAGGAGGUGUGCACAUCCUACAGUGAGCGGCAAGUUUUUGCUGCUAUCUUUGGCAUCAUUUUUGUGGUGGGAACUGUUGGCAAUGCCUUGGUCAUAGCCGCUGUGAUCCUAUCCAGGAAACUCCGCAAUGCUACAAACAUGUUAGUGCUAAACCUGAGCAUAGCUGACUUUUUGACGUGCGUCUGUGUCAUCCCUAUCAAUGCAGCAGCUAUACUAAGUGAGGACAGCUGGCCCCUGGUCAAUUCCUCUUGCAAAUUUGCAGGCUUUUUGUUGGCAGUUUGCACUGGUUGCAGCCUGAACAACCUGGCCUGUAUUGCCAUCAACAGGUACGUCAUGAUCACCAAAAGCAAGUCAACUUACCGGACGAUGUUCAACAGGCGACGGACCUUGGCUGGGGUUAUCCUGACUUGGCUGGUACCCUUGGCUGUUGUGAUCUGCCCAGCUUUGACUGGUAUUGUGGAAAUAGCUUUUAAUCUUGAUGCUUCCCUCUGCACAUGGCUCUCACUUUAUCCUGAGCACCUACAUGCAUAUCCGUUUAACUUCAUUUUCUUCGCUUUAUCAGUGCCGAUUCAGGUCUCCCUCAUAUUCUUGAGUUACAUCAGCAUUCUUUGUCACAUCCGCACCCACACCAAGCGAGUCCGACCUGACAGCAACCUCCAGAUACAAGUGACCAAGAAUCUUGCACUUGUCAUGUGUGUCUUCAUGUUGUGUUAUGUACCCUCGUGCAUAAAGCUAUUGCUUUCCAGUCCUAUGCCUAUGUGGUUUCGGCGUGCAUCUUUUGCAAUCUUUCUGGCUAACAGUUGUGUGAAUCCACUUAUUUAUGCAGCCAAGCACCCUAACUUCAGGGUGGUUUUUUGCUGCAUAAUCCGUGGGAAAUGGAAAGACAUACCAGAAAGGGUUUCUUUUCAGUUCUGCAAGUGAUCUUAAAAUGACGAUAGUCAAACUUCUGUUCCAGGUCUAAGAAUGUGUAUAGUCAUAACAAACAAAGCUCACAUCUCGCCUACAAAUUCAUGAUAUUUGUUACAAAUCUGUUUCUACAUUUGAGGAUAAAUUCUAUAGUUUGCUUUUGGACAUAUUAGUUGCCUUGAAUCACCCUAAACUAGAAUGCCAUUGUGGUUAUAAGAUAUGAAUAUUUUCCCUUUCAAUCUUGUAUCCGAAUAUUCAAAUUAGAACCAAAAUUUAAUAUUCGAUAGCCGAUCAAAUUUCUGCCUUGCCCUUCCAUGGGUGUGUCUUUGUUUUUACAUUCCAUUGGGGAUCCUGAACAACAGAGGACAAUGGAGUCCCUGAUUCACCGAGGGUUCCUGAUUGACAGUCGUGUAUAAGACAUAUAGGUGGCCUUCCAAAAUAAGGUCAAAGUAUUAGCAAUUUAAGAGGAACAAUAGGGGGGCCUCAGUUAUAUAAGCAAAUGUGGGUGCAGGUGCUUGUGUGUCCAGAAUAUUUUUGUCAGCGCAAUAAGUUGAGAAUUACUUCGUGUAUGAUCCUGGGAAGACUAUCGCACUUGGGCAGAAAAGGUAAAAGGUCCCAAUGACUAAAACAAUUGAAAUCUCGUUAUCAUGAUUACUUGAGAAAUACUUUGCAUAUUGAUUUCCAAUUUAGUUUGUGGAUUGCUCUUAACCAUAUGCUGCCAGUUUUGGGUACCUUGGGUUUGUAUGCAUAGCAGGGGUGCCUGAAAUCGGACAAAAGAGCUGGGCCUUAUAACAGAAAGACCGUACUCAGAACAAAAGACCCGCUGCUUGAAAUUGCUCAGGUUACAUUUAUCGGAGGUAAUCCGUCAUUGUUUUGAAACAGUA